UCGUCAGUCAGAGGCGUGUGUUGUGUAUGUGCCAAAUCGAACGCACUUCUCGUCGUACUUCGCGAGCAUAUAUAUCUCGUAUCUCGUACGAGUAUAAUAAAAAAAAAUUCAUCCGAAAAUAUAAUGAAUGGAAAAAAAUACUACAUAUCGACAAACAGCGGAUAGACAUUCGCGACGAAUAAACAAGAGCAAUCCAGCAUGUCGACACUUUUAAAUAAUUGAAUACUUAAUGAAUAAUAUGCUGAGUAACAGCGAUAACUAAUUAAUUUAUAAAAAUAUUGGUUAUUGUAACUGUAAUUUCUAGUAAACCGACAAUGUUUCAGUGCUUCGUUAAAACGUGUUAUUCGGCGCAAUAAAGGUUAUUCAUUAGUAAAGCGAGAAUUGUAUGAAAAAAAAUAAACUCGAAAUAAAAUAACCUAUUUUUAACAAAAAAAAGCUAUUUUCCUCCGGUUUAAAUCUGUGAUAUAUGCGGAAAAUUUUUUUCAUUGAAUUGGGAACCUAUAAAUAAAUCGUUAGGUUUUCCUAACCGGCAAACACGACAAUAUAAUACCAUUGCAUCAAACUCUGUCUUACACAAUUAUUCAAUUACACUAGUUUACACAUAAAUUUUUUAAAAAUAUCGAAUACGAAAACGGCUUAACCAUGAUGACAUUUGAGCCACCGAAACCACCAAAUGCCUCACCUUUGCCCAAUGUGGAAAAAAGAGUUUUUAUGAGUGAUGCAGAGUGGGACAAAUUGGCAGUUUAUUUUGUGGGAACGCAGCAAAGAUUUCGUGAAAACAUCAUCAUACCAAGAACAGUUAUUCCAAUGCAAAUAAAAACUAAUGAGGAAAAAACAAUCGAAGCUGCAAUGGAAAGUUGUGUUUUCAAGAGCUUAAUGGCUUGCGUCGUUGGUUUUGGUCUUGGGGCUGCCAUUGGUUUAUUCUCAUCCAGUGUUAAUCCGAAUGUUGCUGUGGUAGAAAAACAGCAAACAGCAAGAGAAGUUUUCAGAGAAAUGAAAGCUACGACUGUUGGAUAUGCAAAAAACUUUGCAGUCAUAGGCUGUGUUUUUUCAGGGAUAGAAUGUUGCAUAGAAUCGUAUCGCGGAAAAACUGAUUGGAAGAAUGGAACUUAUGCCGGUGGUUUAACCGGAGGCUUAAUAGGAUUGAGAGCCGGAGUGAAGGCAGGUCUAUUCGGUGCCGCAGGUUUCGCCGCGUUUUCAACGGCGAUAGACUAUUAUAUGCACAAAUAACUCAAACGUAGAUGUUACUUGUAAAUUUAGUUGUACAAAGUGGCAUUAAAAAAUUUUGUAAAAAAACGUACGAACAAUAAAGAACGAGGAACAUCGGUACUGCGAAAAAUGAGAAAUUAUCGGAAA